CUUCCCUUCUAACCUCCACAGCUCAAAACCCAAAAAACAAACCACACCCCAAUAAUCAUUACGUCUUUUUCUUUCUCUCUCUUUAACCCGUCAGAAUUCUCACGCCUGUUCAUUCGUUUCUUUAACCCUAAUUGAACGUUUUACGAUUCCUUUGCUUCUCUGAUCCUUUGUAUCCAACACCCGCUUUCCAUUCCUUUCUCGUUGAUUUUCUCGAGAAAGUAUCUAGGAGGUUGGAGAUCGAUUUUCGACACUUGAUAAUUUUAUUGUAGCUUUUUUAGUUAAUUAUUAUAUAAUAAUAUUAAUAUAGGUAUGAGCUUUCAAGAUCUCGAGGCCGGACGACCUUUGGCGGCUUCAAGGAGAGACCUGAUCAACGGCAAGAAAGAUGCCACGCAAUCUGUUGUUUCUGGAAUCUUCCAGAUAACCACCGCCGUUUCCACGUUUCAGCGACUCGUUAAUACCCUUGGUACUCCCAAGGAUACCCCUGAGCUCCGGGAGAAGUUGCAUAAGACAAGGCUACAUACAGGUCAGUUGGUGAAGGAUACUUCAGCAAAACUUAAGCAAGCCAGUGAAAUAGAUCAUCAUGCUGGAGUUAGCCAAAGCAAAAAAAUUGCUGAUGCUAAACUUGCAAAAGAUUUUCAAGCAGUUCUAAAAGAAUUUCAAAAGGCUCAACGGCUUGCAGCAGAGAGGGAAACGGCAUAUACCCCUUUUAUUCCCCAGGCUGUUCUUCCUUCAAGCUACACAGCUAGCGAGUUAGACAUAAGUGCUGAUAGGAAUCUAGAGCAACGUGCUCUCCUUGUGGAAUCAAGACGACAGGAGGUCCUGCUAUUGGACAAUGAGAUUGCUUUUAAUGAGGCAAUCAUUGAGGAAAGAGAGCAGGGAAUACAAGAAAUUCAGCAGCAAAUUGGAGAGGUGAAUGAAAUUUUUAAAGAUCUUGCUGUCCUCGUUCAUGAGCAAGGAACUAUGAUUGAUGAUAUUGGCACCCAUAUUGAAAAUGCACAAGCUGCUACUGCGCAAGGGAAAACACAUCUUGCGAAAGCAGCAAAGACACAAAGAUCAAAUUCAUCUCUGGCCUGCCUGUUGUUGGUAAUUUUUGGGAUAGUACUUCUCAUCGUUAUUGUAAUACUUACAGCAUAACUGAAGGUUUUCUUGAUUCAAUGGCUGACCAUUCCAAGAGCUGCUGGGAGACAUUAUAAGGGUCUCUUUGCUAAUUUAUAUUGGUUAUGUUAUUUUGAUUGACUAGAGUCUCUCACUGCUGGUCGGGGGGUGGUGUAUAUUGUUUGGCAUAUUUACAUAGGGUGAUAUUCAGUUGUUUUAUUUGGAUGGUGGGUUGUUUGUUCUCUUGGGUUUUCGAGUUCGAGGGUGUGCAAUAGCUUGUGUGAUUGUUUGUCUUUUUUUCGAUCUCUUAUAGUAAUAAAUAAAAUAUUUAUUCUUUGCUUUGUCA